GACUGGAUAAAGGCAAGGAUUGGCAACUAGGCUUAUUGCCAGUUGGUUGGUUUGGUUAAAUUUGUAUGAUGGUGUUCAAACUUGGGCGAGUGAGAGCCGAGAUUCUUAGUUAAAGUUUAAAUAAAUUACUAUUUUUUGUAUUUGUUUGGAAAUGCUGUUAGUGUUACCAUACCAUGCGUUUAAAAUUUUAACUUAUUUAAGCCCAUUAAAUCGGUAACUAAUAUCACUAAUACUAAUAGUAAUAACAAUUUUUGGCGUCUGUUGUGUUGCAACUUGCAGUUGAACUAGAGGUGUGUGAAACUGUGGUGUAGGGUAGACACUAUUCACUUGUAGUGUCUUCAGAAAAAUUUUACAUCAGACCAAAGACAAUGGCAUCUAGUCUAGAUGACUUUCUUCCACUGCUGAGUAACCAGGACACUAAAAAACGUAUUCAGCUUGGGAAUGACAUCAUUAAAUAUCUUGAAAAUCAGAACAACUCAAUAGAAUGUGAAGAAUUUGGAUUUUUUGUUGAUUCAAUAGCUUCCUGGCUGAAUGGUAGUAACUUCAAGAUUUCCCAGAAUGGACUAGAAAUACUUGGUUUAUUGGCUGACAGAAUGAAAGAUGAUUUCAGGCCUUACAUUUCUACAGUUUUGUCUGGAACAGUGGAUCGAAUGGGAGACAAUAAAGAUCAGGUACGAAAUUGUGCGAAGGAUUUCAUGUUGAAGUUGAUGAUUCAAGUAUCAUCUCCACAGCUGAUGUUCGAAAAACUGAUGUCAGCAUUUAAUCACAAAAACUGGAGGGUCAAAGAAGAAAUGCUAGUAUGUCUUCAAGGAGUUCUAGAUGGAUGUGGGGCACAGUCGUUAACAGUAUCAAAACUAAUGCCAUCUGUUGUAAAGCUGUUAGGAGAUCCUAAUUCUCAGGUUCGAGAGUCGGCAAAUAUAACUUUGCUAACAAUAUACAAACAUAUAGGAGAGAAGAUACGGCAAGAUCUUAUCAAAAGACAUAACUUACCAACCCAGAAGCUGCAAGCUAUAUUUGCUAAAUUUGAUGAAAUUAAAGACUCUGGUGGAUUAUUAUCUUCGGCAAUUGCUGGUGUUAAAGGAGAUGAUGACACAGAUUCAAGAUCUCAGCAUUCAGAGACCAGCGAUGCAGAGUCAUCAUCCAAGUCAGCAUCAAAACGAGCCAGUAGUGCACCCCCUACCAGAAGGAGUGUGUUUACAGCUCCUAAGCCUCCCACUACUUCAGCAACUCUUCAAAGGAAACAAUCUGUCAAGACCAGCUCUACAAAAUCUAGUUCUUCUGCUUCAGCAGUGGCUGCUGGUGCAGCUGAUGAAGAUAUGUUUAUUAAAGCCUUUGAAGAUGUUCCCAAGCUCCAGUUAUAUUCAGGAAGAGACCUAGAAGUUGAAAUAGGAAAAAUUAAAGACGUUUUGUCAAAUCCAAACAAUGACUGGGAAAAAAGAAUAGAAUCUAUAAGAAGGUUGCGUAGUUUGAUUGUAUCAGGCGCUAUGCAAUUUGAUGAACUUUACACAAGUCUUCGACUAUUAGAAAUUGCUCUCCAGGUUUCUGUUAAGGAUCUCCGUUCUCAGGUAGUCCGUGAAGCUUGCAUUACAAUAGCGUAUUUUUCCCAACAGCUUGGAAUCAAGUUUGAUCAUUUUGCUGAAUCAGUGUUUCCUAAUUUGGUCAGCUUAAUACCUAACAGUGCCAAGAUCAUGUCUACAGCUGGAGUUGUUGCUAUUCGUUUUAUCAUACAGUAUACACAUGCACCUAAAUUGAUUCCUAUUCUGACAACCAACAUGAGCUGCAAAUCCAAAGACAUCAGAAAAACAUGCUGCGAAUUUCUGGACCAACUAUUACACAUAUGGCCCACUAAUGCUUUGGAAAAAUAUGUCAAUGUUCUUCGGGAUGCUAUCAAGAAAGGUAUCAGUGAUGCUGACCCAGAGGCACGAGCAUUCUCCAGAAAGGCAUUCUGGGGUUUUGCUGACCAUUUCAAGGAACAAGCUGAUAGCCUUCUUAGCUCUCUAGAUAGUGGAAAACAGCGAUUGCUACAAGGUGAACUUUCCAUGAGUAAUUCUUCCAGCAGUAACUCUCUGAAUAGCACUAGUCGUAGUGGUGCUCGUACUAGCCACUCUUCCUCAAUAGGGUCCACUGAAAACCUAAGUCGAUCCAUGACCAGUAGCAUGUCAUCUAGAAAAUCCAGUAUCCCAGUGUUUUCAAGUCCCAAAAAAGAAAAAGGUUCAUUUGCUCUUUCCACGCGAUCAAAUAGUGCCAUAGAUGUUGCUGCAGCUAAGCGAGCAAAAGCUCGAGCUGGUUCUUUUUCCUCAGCUUCUCACCUUACUAGAGGAUCUGGGGCAUCUCUUCCAAGAGCUGGUACAAGAAGGGCUGAAGUUGCUGCCCUUGGAGUUAAAUCUCCUGAAAGAACAAGCCGUAAUCAAUCCAAGACAACCUCUCACUCCCAGCCCAAUAGCAGAUCAGGCUCUCCAUCUUCUCGACUCAGCUAUGCAACUUACCAAGAUAGUAACACGCUAGGAAGAGUACGAAGAAAGUCGGGAGCUCAUACAGCAUCAGGCUCAAGUAGAGAAGCUAGUCCUUCUCGCUCCUCUCGUGGUGUACACGAGAGAAGGCUAAGUGGAGGUUCUAGAAGGACAGUGUUUGGAGCUGGUGGAAAACAGCAUCCAACCACUAUUACAACUAAAACUCCAGUCAUGGCUGAACGGAUGUUACAGCAAAGUAAAGAAGCAGAAGCUGCUAUGGCUGAUGUCUUAAAGACGGAAGGAGGCUAUGAACCUUUCAGUAGAACAACUCCAAGACAUAGACACAACAACUUCCAUGAUGAUCAGUCAGAUGAAAGUGAGACAUCUAGCAUUUGUUCUGAUCGGUCAUUUAGUUCUUACAGUGGACAUGUUGAUGAUGUUGCAGAUAUUAUCCACAACCUUUCUUCUAUUCACUGGUCAGACAGGAAGGAGGGGCUUCUUGGUUUAUGUGCUCUUUUUCGUUCAUCUCGUUUGCUUACAUCCCUAGAACUACACCGAGUUGUAGAAAUUUUUAGCAAGAUGUUUAUGGAUCCACAUACUAAGGUCUUCACCCUAUUUCUGGACACAUUGAAGGAGUUGAUUCAUGCUCAUCAUGCAGAACUCCAUGGAUGGUUAUAUGUCCUAAUGACCCGACUCCUUAUGAAGUGUGGAACUGACGUCCUCAGUUCUGUACAAGCAAAAAUACAAAGAACGCUAGACAUUAUCAGGGACUGCUUCCCAUGUGAAAAGCAGUUUUAUGUUAUCGUAAAAUUUCUUAAUGAUCCUCAUCAGACACCUAAUGACAAGGUAAAGAUUAUUCUACUGCAUUAUUUGCAUUCUGUUUUGAAGAUUAUGGACCCUAGUGAUUUCAGUGGCUCUAGUAAUGAAACUAAAAUAGCUGUAAUAAAACUAAUUUCAUGGAAAAGUGAAGUGAAAGUUCCGGAGAUAAGAAAGUAUUCUCAAGAUGUCAUCCUGGACAUGUUUAACUUAAAUACUCCAGAAUUUUCUAUGUUAUUAAACCAAUUACCCAAGCCAUAUCAGGAUAGUGCUUUCAAUUUACUUAGUUCCAGAAGAAGAAGCACAGAUAGUACAUCCUAUGUAGGUAUAAGCAAGACUCCUGGAAGCCCCAUUAUGUCUCAUCUUCAGUCUCCAACUACGACUCUCUCCAGAAUGAAUAGAAUUCAAAGUGGAAUGUCAUUCAGUCAGUCGUUUGAAUAUGAUGACACAGAAAAUUUGAAUCCCGAAGACAUCUAUAAUUCAUUAAAAAAGACAUCAGCAGAAAUUCAAAAGUAUAGUCGCAGCACUCUGGAAAAAGAUUUUUAUGGAAAGGAUAGUAGUCAGAAACAAAAAGAUGAUCAAACAAAUGAAUCUAUGUCUUUAGACUCGGGCAUUAGCCAGACAUCUGCCCCAGAUGGAAGGCUGGAUGUGCUAGAGGAAAGGUCAAGAGAGGUUUCUAGUUCAGACUCUUCACCUACAAAGUGUUCUUCAUCAGAUUACAACCCUGUAUACUACCAUGAUCAGGACAUGAAAGAUGGCUUAGAUGUGGAUGUUCUAGAAGAAACAGUUUUUGAUGUAGAUAGUGAGGUAGAAGAUGCUGAUUCUCCAUUUAUUAAUGUUCUAACAGAAUUGAAUAACCAUAACACCAGGCAAGAGCAGCGGAAACAGGCCCUUUAUAAUCUAGUCGAAUUAGCAAAAGACAGCAGUCUUCCAGGGUGGGAAACAAACUUCCGAAACGUUCUUCGUCUUGUAAUAGAAAUGAUUGGAGAUCAAGAGAGUCCUAUUAGGGUUUUAGCUUUAAGAACCAUGUGUGAACUGCUGCAAAGGCAGGCUCAUAACUUUCAGGGAUACAUGGAGCUCACCAUUCUAAAAAUCUUGGAAGCCAAUAAAGAUGAAGAUAAAGAGGUUAUGAAAGCUGCCGAGGUGUGCUGUGAGAUUGCAGGAUCUAGGUUGCCAGCGGAACAGUGUGUAAGAACUUUGAAACCCAUCAUCCGAGCAGGAGAAUACCCUGUUAAUAUGGCUGCUGUCAAAAUGUUGAAACCGCUAGUGGAACAUAAUCCCAGAAAUGUUGUUUUACAACUGUUACCAGAAAUGAUGCCCUCUCUUAUUAGAGCCUAUGACAACACAGAAAGUUCAGUAAGAAAAGCUGCUGUAUUUUGUAUGGUAGCUAUCUAUAACCAAGUGGGCGAGAACUUAACUCCUCACCUGACAUCGCUUUCUGGAAGCAAGAUGAAACUCCUGAACCUGUACAUAAAGCGUAGCCAGACUACUACCAACAAUACUUCAGAUACUGUACAUAAAACAUAACAAACCAAAUUGAAUUAUCCAGCAGUGGAUCUUUUUUUUUUAUCACGAUCCCCAUUUGAAUAAGUUUAAAAUUCAUGGACAUCUGUGAUCAUAAUUAAAGAACUUUUUGGGGUAGAGAACCUCAUUAACAGUGUAAACAUCAGAAUAUUUUAAAACAGUAUGCUUGUAGUUUUGUGCCAAUACAUGGUGGUUUAGUCCUGGCUUUGUCUCUCAGUAAGGGACAGAUGUAAAAAAAAAAAGUAGAUAAAGGUCAAAGAAAUCUCUCUCUCUCUCUUACCUUUAUGGAUUUUCAUAAUUUUGACCACAAAAAGAAUGAUACUACUUAUUGGGAACCAGUUUGUUAAAUAAUUUUUUGUUAUUUGCUAAAAAUAAUUUGAAUAAGUUAUAAACAAAAAAUGUUAAUUGUAAUAAAAAUGCAUUGUCUUAGUAAAAUCUUAAUCUCACUCAGUGGUUUUCCAGCAUCUGUUGUAGCACUUAAGAUGGCUCCAAAGUUAAAUAGAAUUUUGAAGGAUAAUAAAACCAAGUUUUUAGAUACAGAAAAUAAUAUGAUUCUCAUCAUCUGCACUCUUCUGUCAGAAAGAAAAAAAAAUACAUAUAUACUUUAGAAAAAUUAAUUGAAUUAUGCUUUGCACUUGUCCAUUUUUUGUCAUUAAAGUUGUCUUGAUAUGUAGUGUAUCACUAGUAAAGCAGGAUUUGCAAUUGUAUGUAAAAAACAUUCAUUACCUGAAAACUUAACUUGCCAAGUUUGAAUUAUAGUGCACUUAUGAUCUUAGGUAUAUUGGACACGUAAAGGUUCUUAAUAUAAUUUUGCUAUAAAUGCCUGGAUCUUAAGUCCUCAAGUACUUAUCUGCAACACGUUAAAAGUACAUUCUUAUAGAAGCUUAUAACUUCUAGUCCAAAGGUCACAAAUGUGCAGCCCUAUGAUAUAUAAAAUGUCAAGAACUUUGUUGUUUUGGGAAGUCCUGUUUCUUUUCAGCAUAAUUUAGUAUGGUAGAUGACUUGAGAAUACAAAUCUGAGAGUUGAUAGGUUAUUAAAAAAUCUACAGAGAUCCUCUCAGUGGUAAGUGUGAAGACUUAUGGCAUCAAAAAUAAGGUUUUGAUAUCCAUGGUAAGUACAGCACAGCCCACUGUGUAGCUCUGCAUUUAACAAGAAACAAACAAAACAUAUAGGUCCUUUGUUAUUUAUCAAGCAAUCUGUUAAUAAAGCAUUAUUCGUAGUCAUGGUUUCAUAACUUUAUGGAUCUGGGUUUUCCUCAUUUAGAUUUGGUAAAUUAAUCCACCCCAUCCCAGAAUGGCUUUCAAAGCUGUAGUACUAGUUAGAAAAAAUAUAGAUGGUUUCAUUGGUUUAGUUGCUACACUUUUAAGAUUUUUGAUGUAAGUACUGUUGUUUGCUUAGCUUUUGCACUUAACUAUCAUGGCAAGUUAUAAUUAUGGCAUGCAUACAUUUCAUUUUCACCAUUAUUUUGAAUAUUUAUUAAUUAAUACAUUCCUCAGCUGGCCUGUCCUUUUGAUUUGAUGAAUUGUAGUGCUCAGCUUUCUUAGGAUACAAUCAGACAAGUUCAUUAGAGAUAACUGGCAAGUAUGGGACAUAGAAUAUUGGGCUUUCAGGUUUUUAAUCUGUUCAGGAAAUGAAUAGGAUUACUGGAAGAUAGUGACUAGUUUAUGUCACGUUAUCUUGACCCUGGUUAACAUGGCCA